AUGGGAUCGCAUUUUAUCGAGGAAAAUAUUGUACGCGAAAUUGAGGUUAGUAUCGAAAAUUUCCGGCCGAAACGUAAAGAGUGAAUCUCUAGGGUCGUCGUGUAGAUGUGCUCCAGAAGUUUUCCGAUUUCGAGCAAAAAGCGUCGGAGAAGCGUCGUUUGCUUGUGCAAUCCGGUCAACUUCAACGUUUUCUGAGGUGAACUCGACAAAUUCUCAAAAAAAUUCGAGAAUAUUCGGGAAAAAACUAACUUUUUCCAGAACUGCAACCGAGUUCCGACAAGCUAUCGACUCGUUGAUUGAAACUGCAGAGAGUGUGAGCAUCCGCCACAAUUCGGAGAAUUUGGCGCGUGCGCAGAAGAUUCUGAAUCGUUUGCGCGGCGACGUGGACGGAAAACGAAGCAAUGUGACGUCGUUGGAACGGGAAUCCGCCCGUCUUGUCGACGACGGCCAUUAUGCCGCCGAGGAGAUUCAGGUGGGCAAGAAUUUCUUCACCGAAACUGUGGAAAACAUACCAUUUUUCAGAAAACCUUAUCGGAGAUUCAUUCUCGCUGGGAAUACCUGCUGAAACUGCUCGAGCUGAAAUGGAUUCAAGUGCAAAAAGAGCUGGAGUCGAUGGAUUUCGCGAGAAAGUGCGAGUCCGUUCUCUCGUGGAUCCAGAAGACGAAAACAGUGGAGAAGCCGGCGCAGAAGCAGCAAUUCGACGAUAUUCGCAAGUACUCGAUCGUGUGGAACGAGAUUUCGGCGGUCUACGAGCAGAUGUCCGAUCCAUCGCCGCUGGACACUGAGAACUACGAAAAGGUUGGCUCGGCGUGGAAUGACUUCCAACAGCACGUGAAUUCGAUGCUCCGCGAGCUCGACGCGCACGAUCGAAUCCAGCGGUUUUUGGAAAACGCGGAAGAUGUCAAGGGAUGGAUGGAAGAGAAAGAGACGGAAAUCCGAGAGAAGUACUCGAAGAUGGACGUGGAAGAGUCGAUGCGAUAUCGAAAAACCAUUGAGAUCGAGAUAAAGAGCACUGAGCAAAGAGUCAGAAGUCUCAGAGAGCCACGAGAACUGCAGGAGAAUCCGAAACUGCAAGAACACGUGGAGCAAGUCGAGGAGCGCUUCAGAGUCUUCCAGAAGUUUAUUCACAAGUGGCAAGUGGAUCUGGAAAACGCCGCCGAUCUCGACUCAUUCGUACGCGAAGCGGAGGAUAUUCGAUUCUGGUGUUCGGAGAAAACGGAAGAUCUGAAAGUGAUGAAAGAAUCGGAAUCUGUGGAUUGUGACGAGAUCGCCAUGUGGAUUGAGACCAAUCACUUCGACUUCAAUUCGUGGGACGGCGCCGUCAAACUCUUUAUCAAAAGCGGAGAAACGAUUCUGAAGAAGCUGACAUCUUCUGAGGAUCUUCGAAAAGUGAGAGAAGAGGUGGAGAAUGUGCAGAAGGCGUACGAAGCGGCCAAGAGAGCAUCGGAUAGGACCAACGAGAUUCUCGAGGUCAGAAUCAAGACGAUCAACGUGGAGAAGCUGGUCUUCCAAACGCACCAGAAAGCCGCGCAUCUUGUGAGCGUGCUUCAGAAGUCGGUCGCCGAAGACAUUAAAUCGGAAGACGUCGAGAAAGAACUGCGAAUGUUGGACGGCGUGGCAGUCAGAUGCAUUUCUGUCGUCGAGCAAAUCGAGCACAUCGAGCAGCAGAUGCGCGGGCAGCCGGAGCAACACGGGAGGCUCAGUGAGAACGCGUCUGAGCAGAUCAAUCAGCUGUCGGAUAUGAAGGAGAUUCUGAAGACGUCGACGGCGGAAAGGAAGCGAGAACUUCAGCAUCGUCUCGACACCGCCUACUUUGUGGACUCGUGCCGUGAGAUCAGGAUGCACACGGACCAGGUUCUGAAGCAGCUGAAGGAUGGAAGAGCGAAGAAAGAGAGCGUUCAGCCGAUCAGAGAGCAGAUGGACGAAUUGAAGCAAAAAAUGGAGGGGAUGGAUCUGAGGGAAGAGGAUCGGAAAGUGGCUGAAGAGGAGUUGGAGAGAGGAAGAGAGAACUUGAAGAGAAUCGAGAAGGAGCACGAGAGAAUGACCGGAAUGAGCGAAGCGAGGAAAGUGGUCAAGAGGACCGAGAAGUUCGUGGAAAGGGUACACAAAUGGAUUGAGAAGAGCCAGGUGAGCGGGAGGGUCAUUCAUCCGAGCAAUCCCCUAAUUAGCAUUCGCGCAGUGUUCUUUCCUUUCUCGUUACCCUGACAACCAUUUUCUCUGCAGAUUGACGACGACGAGACGGACUCCCCCCUCCAGAACCAGCAUCUCCGUCGUGUGAUUACCAGUUGUCGCCAUCUGCUCUCCACCAGUGACACCUACAAAGAGGCCAUCGAGGAAAAGCGCAACGAGCUCUCUUCUGCCGAUUCGCCGAGUUCCAACGACGAACCGAAUUGUCUUCUAGACGGAAUUCAACAUGCGCUCGAAGAGUUCGCUGCGAAGAUCCGCCAAAAAGCGGCGGAAACCGAGAAAAUAUUGGAAUCGGCCGAACGGAUGACCGAACUCAACUCGCAUAACGAUUGGAUAAAAGCGAAGAUCAAGUCGCUGAGCACCGAACCCGUCUGGGAUUCUCUUUUGUCCGCCCAGAAGAUGUCUAGAAGAUAUGAGAAGGAUUCGGAGGAGAUAGAGGCGCGCAGGAAGCAUAUUAACGAUUUGCUCAAAGAAAAGAGCGCUUCUGGACCACGACUUCCCAUUCAGGAGGAGAUUGAGCACAACUGGAGCAAGAUGAAGACUAUGUUCGACGAGCGUGGAGGCAUUCUGGAGAGAAUGAUCAGGCUGUUCGAGUACGACGAGGAGUCGACGAACACUUCGGAGUGGCUGCGCGAGAAAAUGAUAUAUGCGGAUGCGAUUGAGCCGAAGGAUGACGAGUCGAUCAAUCGGGUGCAGGCGAAGAAGCUGGAGGAUCUGGCGGAUGACGUCGAGAAUUAUAAGCCGAAGAUUGUCGAGACUCAUGCGCUUCUCGGUGGGUGUUCGACUAAACUUCACUUUAAUCUGAAUCUUUUCACUUUCAGAAGAUGCUCUCGUCACCCCGAAGUCCAAAGACUCUGUUUCUCCGCAAGUAGUCAAGUACAAAGCGGCGUUGACCCGAAAACAAGGAGAAAUCGAGUCGGACUACGUGGCUUUGCAGCGUCUCAUUGUAAAGAAGCUGAAAGAGCUCCGACAUUUGAUUCAGGAUGCCGACGUGCUCAGAGAAAUCGCCGAUAUGGAAAAGUGGAUCGAAGAGGAGGAGGCACAGCUGAACAGAAUGUUGACUGCGAAUUCAGAGGAGUUGCCGAAUCGACUGGAUGACGUAGCAACGAAUUUGCAGAGGAGAAGAGCCAAUUUGACGGAGAUCAAGUGCACGGUGAGCCGCAUAUUCGUUAUAGAUCGGAGAAUUGACAAAAAGCAUUGCAGGGAAUCCAAUCUGCCGACUCGGCUCCAUUCCAAACCCAUAAGGUCGACGAUGCAUUCUCGAUGCUCGACGUCUUCUCGUUCGAACUCGAUCGUAUUCGUCAGCGCGCUCAUCGCGGCGCUCUCCUGAAGACUCUGACGGCCGAAGUGGAAGACGUUAUCGAUUCGAUUCAAACGACUGUCGAGAAGAUCGAAGCUCGCCCGAGCAUCGGAGGACAUCGUAAAAGUCAGCAAGGAAUCAGUGAUCUUCCGAAUCUUGACGGAGAUUUGGAGACGCUCAGAAGACGUGUGAUCGCCAGUCUGGAGAAGGCGAAGGAGGUGAGAGCGGCUAACGCGGAACUGGCUCCACAGGUGUACGAUCUGGAAGAACGGCUCGAAAAAGAGUGGACUGAAGUGAGCAGAGCAGCUGAGGAGCGAAAGAAACGGGCGGAACGCGGAAAGUUGCUCUCGGAGCUCGACACGGAAUUGCUCGAUAUGGAACAGUGGAUUGAUACGUUCAAUGAGGAGGUGAUCGUGGUGACGGGAGGAAUACACGACGGACUGGGUGUGCAAGUGGGACUGGAGUCCAUUGACACUUGGAGGUGAGCAGCAUUACUGUAGGUGCGCCGAAAACAGAUCACAAUUUGCAGGGAAGAGCUUUCCCACCGUGUCGAUCAACUCGGAGACUCCAAAAAUCUGCUUGCCUCCGUGCUCAACACCAUUUCUGCGAUGGAAGAGAGAAAUGCGUGGCUCGGUCGAGUUGCAGACAUUGAAAGUGACCUCGUGAAGGCGAGAAAGACGAUCGAUGCGAAACAAGACGAGCUCAGUGAAUUCUCGAAUAUUCUAGGAGCAGAAAGAGACUGCGAACGACUUCACGCGUGGGUGAACGGGAAAAGAGAGCAGCUGGAGACGGAGGCGUCGAGUGAGAAUGCGAAGACGGUUAUCCGUCGAAUGAACGAAAUUGAAAAGAUGAUGACGAGCAGAGCGGGCGAAGUGGAGCAGCUGAGAGAGUUCCUCGAGGAGUUGAAGGCGAGCAAGAAGCCGAGCAGCUUCAAGAGCACAGAACUCGAGCUCAAAUUCGAACGGCUUGACGACGAAUGGCAGCAAUUGGAGGACGAAUUGAGAAGAAGAGAGGUGGAUUUGAACGAAUCAAUGAGCCAACUGUUGCUCGACGAGCAGUUCGACAAGAUACAGCAGUGGAUCGAGGAACGUCGGGAGACGAUUCACCAGGAUUCUGACGUCGGAACGAAACCAGAAGACAUUGAGAAACGACAGAAGAAGUACGAGAAGAUGGCGAGUGAAAUCAAUGAAUAUCGUCCGAUCUACGAGGAUUACCUGAGCAACGAGAACUAUGACGAUGAGAAAGUUCGAAUCGUCCGAGAGCUCUGGAGUUCGCUCAUCGAAACCACCACAAUUCGUCAGAAGUCGUUGGCUGAAGAGAUUCAGAAGCAGCGGCUGUUCGACCUUCUCGAUGACAUUGAAAUCUGGCUGACCGACGCGGAAACUGAAGUCCACACCGCUGUCAAUUUCACGAGUCUUUACAGUACUUCCGAUGCGGAGAAGUCUUCCAGACGACUGAAAUCGAUAGAUGAGCAAGCAGGCGAAAAGGAUGAGCUGCUGAGAAGAGUCCGUCCGAACGAGGAGACCGAUCAAAUUAUCGUGAAGCUCAGAGCCGGAAUAGAUGAGCUCAAACACUUGAUAAAGGCGAAUUGUGAAGAUUUGGAUGUGUGGAAGAGUAUGCAAGAAGUGGUGAAGGCGAUCGACGAUGAGAUUUGCUGGUUCAAGUUGGUGUCCGACUCCGGAACUAGGAAAAUGGUGAUGAUUUCAGAGAACUCUGCGUGAUCGUCUCUAGCACGGACGUCGGCCACGACACUUCAUCCCUCGAAGUGCUCCGCCGGAAACAUCAACGUCUCCAUCUGGAAACUGAUCGCCGAAAGCAAAAAGUGGCGAAGAUUGUCGAUAAAACGACAGAUCUCGUCUCCCGCAGAUCUCGUCCGUCUCUUUACUCGAAAAUUGAUGAAAUCGAUGAGAAAGUUGCUCAAAUGACCGAGCUCAUCGAGAGUAACGGACAAAUUUCUGAAAUUCGAACUCACCGCCUCGAGAAAUGGGCGGAUUAUUUUGCGGUAAGCAAACUUUGUGCUCAAAAUGCUCCCAACAAAAACAAUUGCAGCUCAUUGACGAGUUGCGCGAGAAAGAGCACGUCCUGGAGAAAAUCGUGCAGCUUCCAAAAGCCGGAACUCCAGAAGCGAUUCUGGCAGAUGUGGAAAGAAAAAGAGAGGUUCUGGAGACUAUUGGAGAGCAGAUGGGCGCAUUGAAAAAAGCCGGAGAGCAAAUGAGCCAGGACGAAGUGAUCCGAACGAAAACGGCCGAAAAUGCGGUGGACAAGCUGCGUCAGCAAUGGGCGAAAGCGACGGAGGAGAUGGAAGAACGGAGCCAUCAGCUGCGCGAGAGCAUUCAGGCGUCGAAGUUCGCGUGGAAGUGCGAUACGGCCAUACAGUGCAUUCGUGAUCAAGAGGAGAAGGUGGCGAAUCUGGUGCACCAGAAGAAGGCCUCCAGCAACUUUGAGAACGCCGUUUAUCACUCGACGAUGAGUUUUGUGGAGAGCUACACAAAGGAAACGAUUGAGAAGUUGGUGGAGACAUCGAGAGGAUUGAAGGAUUCCAGCGAAGCGGUGCGCAAACUGAGAGUGGUCGAGGAGAGAUUGGCUGAAUUGAAGAGGCAUUUGGCAAUGUUGGCUGAGAAGAUCGGAGCCGACGGACAGAAGAAGGGCAGGAUUCAGAGCAUACAGGUUGGAGAAAGUUAGAGGUGGAGAAUGAUAUCUCUUUUUCAGGACGAGUAUACGAAGUGCGCGUGCGAACUGGCGAAUUGGCUGGAACAAGCGGAAGAAGACGUCGCCGAUAUUGUCUGUUUCCAAACGAAAGAGUCUUCUGAGGAGAGUCGCCGUAUUCUCAAUGAAAUCCUCGAAACUCUCCGCUCUGAAAAGAUUGAAAUGCUUGAAGAGCUCGAACUUUUAGAGGUCGAACUUGCAGAGCUCAAUGAAGACGUCAAUACGUUCACGUGGUAUUCGCAUAAGACGUUGUCGCAAAGAAUGGAGAGAUUGGAUCAAACGAUCACGGAUCGCAUCCGAAUUGUCGACGGAGAGAUUCAUCGUCACGGAGAGAACGAGAAGAUCUGCAAAGAAGCGGCGGAGACUCUUCAGAUGUGCAAGAAUGUAAUUGUGGAGGCGAAGAAGGAGCUGGAGCAGCUGCAGCAUCUGAAACUCGACGAUCAACGGGAGAAGCUGAUCGAUCUGAUCGACAAUGUGCAGAGCAGCGGGAUGAUUGAGCAACUGGAGGAGUGGAGAAGUCUGAUGGGCUCUCGGUACAUCUUCGAUAACAAAUACACUGCGGCCACUCCGCACGGCGUCCUCGUGGACACUUGCCACACUCUGGAGCUCAUGAGCUCAAUGCUCAGAUCGGUGGAGCAGUCGAUGACCGAGCGAAGCAGCAGCGGAGUGACCGAGAAACAGCUCAGAGAGUUCGAGAUGGCCUUCGAGUAUUUCGAUCGGGUAAGGGCAGUUCUGAUGGGUUACGGUAGCGUCCGGUACAUUUUCAGGAGAAGAAGGGCUGGCUCGACUACGAACGUUUCGAAUUGUGCAUCAAAUCGCAAGGAUACGAGUUCACCAUCGAAACGGCGACCAUUGAGACCAUGACGAUUCUGGAUCCGACCAAGUCUGGCGAAUCCUUGAAUGUUCUGAAACCAACCGAAUAUUUCAGAAGCGGACGAAUUCUGAAGACGGACUACAUGCGUUGGAUGGUGAAGAACGAGACGACCAACAUUCUCGACGAUCACUCGGCCAUAGAGGAGGCUUUGAAGAGUCUGGACGCCCGGAAACUGUCGGAUGUGAGUGGACGACCUCAUUGUGUAGACAAUCAAUCCCGAUUCCAGAGUAUGUCCCGCAAAGAGGCCGAGUUCUUCAUGCGCAAAAUCGCCAAACACACGGAGACGUUCACGGAGCACAUCCACCUCGAGUACAAAGAUUUUGUCGACUCGUUUUAUUGA